AUGGACAUUGUACGAGAAUGCAACGAGAUCGGCGAAUCAGUGGCACCGGCGGCAUGUAUCCUAGCUAACACGGUGGAUACGCUAAUGGUAAAGAUUCGCCGAUUGCAACGCACAAUGGAGGAGAUUGUACGGCAAGAUGAAAGGGCCGAAUUUGAGUGGACUGGCAGUCAUCUUCCCCAACUUAACUAUAGUCAACAAUAUCAUCGGGGAUAUCACGCGAGUUCUCCAAAUGGAGCGCAAAAUCGGCUGCAACAACAACUGCAGCAGGUGCAACAGCAGCAGCAGCAUCAACAACAGCAGCAGCAAUUCCAACAACAGCAGCUGCAGCACCAACAACAACAGCAACAGCAGCAGCCUCAACAACAGCAGCCCCAACAACAGCAGCAAGAGUUGCGGACAAAUGCAACUAGUAAGCUAUUUAUUUAA